UUUUAUGCUCCAGAAAUUGAUACAGAUGUGGCAUUGACAGAAUUAAAAAUGUGGAAGAACAGACUUGCAAACCAAAACAUUACAUUAAAAUCGGCAUUUGAUGGUUUGCUAAAAUGCAAUGAAGAUAUAUAUCAAAACAUACAUUUUUUAUUUAAAAUAUUGUGUACAUUGCCAGUUUCAACAGCUUGUCCGGAAAGGUCAUUUUCAAGUUUGAAAAGGAUUAAAUCAUACUUACGCAACACAAUGUCUGAAAAGAGGUUAAAUGGUUUAGCGAUGUUAAGCAUUCAUAGAGAUAUAGAAAUUAAUGUAGAAGAAGUGUUGGAUGAAAUAUCUCAAAAACCACGAAGAAUGGACAUUAUUUUGUAA